AUUAUCUAUUUUUCUUUUCAUUAGAGCCAUCAACUAAUCAUUCAAAUAAAACUAACCUUUAUUUUUAGUAGUCCUGACCGUGUUCAACCACUUUUCUUCUUCUUUUUCUUCCUUUAAAGGCUCUCAUUUUCUUAUCUAAUCGAAAUGAAACUGAUUUACUAUUUGGUGAGGAAGUCUCAUAUCUUCAGAUACGCAAACUGCCGCAGCUUUGCAAUAUUCUGCAGAACUGCAAGACGAUGAAGCAUGUCCCGGAUAUUACAGUAGGAAACGAGUGACAUCAUUGUAAAUGACUGAAAGAAUUCGUUUAUUCUGAAAUAUGUUACAAUAACAUUUUUCAUCCCAUCUCAAUUAUGGUCAUUGUGUUGUUAUAAAACCUAGCGUCUAGCAUUAAAAACAGUUUAAUAAUGUUCAAACUAAUUAAAGAACUGUUUGUAUUGAUACAAACAAUGGCCAUUCUGUUAUUUUCUGAGGAAAUACCGAAUAAGUACAAAAAUAUCCCGGAGUGUUACUUAAACUGCAGUUUUGAAGAUCGUAAAAUGCCAUCUAAAAAUGAUUUCAAUAAAUUAACCUGGAGUCAUCCGAAACAAGAUAUUGUGAAGGUUAAUCAAAAUCAGAUUAGUUCCAAGGAUGGAAUUGCAAAUGAAUCAAUGCAUAAUCCAAAAAGUAAGUUUAUGGAAGUCCCACGGAGACUUUAUCAUACUCCACAGAUAUACUUAAAAAGAAGAAAGCGUGAUGCUGAAAUAAAUAUUUACAAAGUAGCUGCUUUGUUAGCAAGACACAAAUACACAGGAACUGAUCCACGUCGUUUAAGCUUGGUUAAGAAAUUAUAUCAACAGUUUCCAAUGCCUCCUGUAAUGCACCCAAUGGUAAGGAAAGCUUGCGAAUCGGGAGUGCGAAAUUGUAUCAACGAAAUUGCUAACUUUCAGAAUUUUAGGAGGGCAUCAAAGCUAUCAAACUUCUCCAGAACAGAACAGUUUGAAUAUUUGACUACUGCUUCAUACUACAUGUGCUGGUUUACUAUGCUACGAAAAGGGAUUCUUCGAGAAUUGGACAAUUAUAACCAUUACAGUUUCAAGUGUUUACACUUCAACAUUCUUCAAGAUACAAAACAUAAUUUGGGAUUGAUACUGAAAAAAUCAGUGCAACCGCCCAUUUUUGACAUCCGAUUGAUAAAAUACAGACGACCUUUUCUUUGCGCGGAACUGAGUUUUUGUCCCGAUCCUUGCUAUGGAAGAAAUACUCAAGGAAACCUUUUAAAUAUAGAUAGUGAUAGCAGCAACCCAUGCUCUCUCUUCCCAGAUUCAAGAUGUCUUAUAGAUCAAAGCAAGAACAUAAAUUUCGUACAUCUGAUGCACAAUAAUUUAAAUUAUAGUUGCAAUUGCAACCAGAUGAGUGAAGGUUUUACGUGGGAUAAAGAAUUGAGAUAUUGUGUUGACUUAGACGAAUGUUCUGAAGGAAUCCAUAAUUGCCCUCCUCAUAUGAUAUGUCAAAAUACAAUUGGUAGUUUCAAUUGUCUUUGUUCCUGGGGAUAUCGUUGGAAUGGUGAAACUUGUACCGAUAUACCAAUACCACACCUAAAACCGGAUGAUGCACUGCCAGUAAAGGUAUCGUAUGAAAUGCAGCAGAAUAAACAGUAUCAAACUUCUGGCGAACAAAACAUAAAAAAUCAACACUAUUUGAAAACAACAAUUCAUAUUUUUAUUUAUCUUACUGGGAUAGGAUAUAUAGUGUCUAAAAUAAGUGUGAUAUUAUAGCAUGAAAAUAUUUGAAAGAAAUUGAUAUAUCAUCUAUUUACAAUGAAUAUGUUAUUAUGUUCGUCCUUGUUGCUAUUGUGGUUCAUUAAGAAAACAAGAUGCUUGAAAAACUGGUAGUCGGUAGGCGAGAGGUCUGGUGAGUAUGGCAGAUGAGGCAGAGUUUCGUAGCCCAAUUCGUUCAACUUCUGCAGGGUCAGUUGUGUGACGUGCGGCCGAGAUUUACAGACAAAAGUCAUUUGUUGUUCAUAAGCUCCAGGCCAGAUAUUGUAAAGCAGAACAACAGUCAAAAGAGUACUUGCUGGGACCAUCCAUCUUUCCCCCCAGGCAGUGUAUUCAGAAGUACAUUAUCAAACGUAUCGUUCCUUUUUUAAUAUAUUAAGUAGAGUGUGAUUUGAGGAAAGUUUGACCGUAAUUUCUGGUAAGACGCACGACCACAAAGAGGAUUCCUCUUUAGCUUACAGCUCUUGCUUUAUUCCCUUCGUUACUGAUUGAUCUGAAUGACUAAAGUGCACGCUUGAAAAGGAGUAUAAUGACAAUAGAAUCUCUAGAGCGACAGUCUGAUUUGCUUAAAAAUAAACGAUUAAAGACAGAAAAAUCUUGAAGUGUGUGUGUGUGUGUGUGUGUGAGAGAGAGAGAGAGAGAGAGAGAGAGAGAGAGAGAGAGAGAGAGAGAGAGAGAGAGAGAGAGAGAGAGAGAGUGAGAAAGAGAGAGAUAGAGAGUGAGAGUUGUCCUAAAAAAUUAGACUGGCUCAUUACUGGAACUAAUGCAACAUGUGUGAUGAUAUAACAACUCUUAACUACGGCUAACCGAAUAAAUAGUAUGUCACUUCAUGUACCUUGCCUACAGGCGUCGACAACGAUUGGAGCUUCAUGCCCAAACCGAAAGAUUUAUCAUUUUUCUUGGUUAAAGCUACAGUUGUGGUUUCUCGUUGCCUUCUGCCAGUUUAUAUGCAUUUUAUUCGACUAAUCUGUUGUCACAAGACUCAGAGCUUAUUUAACAGUUAGAGAUGAGAUUAGUUCACAUGACAUUAAAGCAUGUCCACAUUCUCUGCUGGGUCUAUGUGACACAUGUCUAAGGGAUAAUCCUUCUCCGAAUCCUGCAAGUUUGAGCCAAAUAUCAGGGACCAUCUGCUAUUUGGCUCAAACCUGGACCCCUUCUUUAGUACUAUCACCCCUGGCCAGAGCGUGUUUCGAAGCAGCGGUAACUAAGGAAUAAUUUUGUACUCCUCCAAACUUCUGAACUCCACAGCUAGAAAUCUCAUCACUGGAUACAGUUUAAUGUAUUGUUCAGGACAAGAUAAAUAAUGUUCUAUAUAUUUAAUAAGUGAGCUAGAUUAGGUUAGAUUGGCCUGGAAACAAUACCUGAUUCAGGACCGACUCUUUGGUUGGCAGAACAGCAUUUUCUCGGCUGGGCUAAAUACCGUUUUUUUUUUAAAUAUUAUUUUUGAUGUCUGGUCAAAGGAAGAACGGCAACAUCCAAGACCUUUUUGCAAGGGAUCUCUGGUAUUGAAAAAAGAAGGCAAUACGACACAUGGGUUGCUGCAGGUGAAGUAAUGCAUCAAAAUAUCGAAUCAUCCUUAAACUGGAAAUCAGGCUCGAAGGUUUGCACAGUUUAGAAUCUGUUUAAGGAACUAAAGAACCGAGGUAGUAUUGUAAACCCCCGGGUGACGGAUUUUGUCUACCAUGUCUAUUGACUGGUACAAUCUAUCCGAAGGGCAUCCACACAGAUUGUGUUAAUCCAGUUUCACCAAUAAUCUUUAGUCAACCUGAAGCUGUAGAAAAAGACAUUUGUCCAAAGUGCCGUAGAAAGGGGGCGAAUCUAGGGCGAUAUGAUUGCACUGUAAAUGUAAUUACACGGCUUUGCCUACACCUGGUUUUUAUUGUUUAAAGUUAUAACAGUUGGGUUCGACCCCACGUUUGGCAUGAAAAUCACAUGUUGAUCAUGCGUGCUAAUACAAUUUCCAUCCAGUCAACGACGACUUUCGUUCACGUGAUAGUCUGGCGGCAUGACGAGGACUUUCUGUGAACAGAGUCAACAAAUACAGCUUAUUUUAGCGCGAAAAGAGUAGAGUGUUUAGGUCCUUGGUGGAGCUUUCUUUCGACUCAUAGCUGUCUUCACAGCUACAUAUUCAAGCACGAUAGAUGAAGAAACAUACCGCGGCAACAUGGCAACAAAAAUAUGCAUUGAUGUGUAAAAAUUAGCCUAAAUAUUGAAUUUCUGACAGAGAUCUCCCAUGCUUGUAACAUACGUCGUUUCAUAUAAAAUGCACUCUUGUUUUAACCUUCUGUAUUAAUGUAGCAGUAAAUGAUGUAUAUGUAUAUUUAAAACAAGCCUUUCUUCAUACCCACGCUACAGUAUAUUACUUGUAAUCACCAAUAAAAGAAACGUGUUAAGAAACAUUAUGAUGUAGAGUAAAAAUAUACAUAACAGUUUCAGUCAAAAUAAGAUCUGCGGCUUUUUGGAACAACAAACCUGACUAAAUAAACGUUUCUUUCUU